AUUAAUGCAGUAGCUCGUAAAGAAAAAUUUCAUCUAUAAAGGAAAACUAAUUCUUGCUACUAUCAAAAUCUUAUGAGUAUGUGGAUUUUUCAUUGCUUUAUUAUAAUUGUUUCCUUCCAUCUAAUAUAUGCACAAACUGAAACAGUUCAAGAUGGGAAUUAUAGUCCUGCGUCAAAGCUGAAAGUAAAUGGUAUAGUCGAUAAAAUAAACAGCAUUGUUAAAGAUAUACAGUUUAAAUCCACUCAUGAGAGUAAGGCUAAGCUUUUAGAGACUAUCGAAACAAAAUUAAUAAAAGCGGCCAAAUUUCUGGGGCCACAUGCAAAAAAAAAUGUGCAAUUAAUAAUGGAAGGUAUUAGAAUAAAGACAUCAAACAUAACAGAUAACGCUAGGAAAUCACAAAAUACUAUAAAUAUUCAAAGUCGACAGAAAACAUUAAAUGAACUUUCUCUUGAAUUUGAUUUAUUUAUAAAAAACAAAUUGGCCAAAUCAACAACACAGAAUAAAAAUACAUCGACAAGCGAUAUAAAGUAUAAAAAUGAAUUUGCUUUUAAAAACAGUCUCGAACACAAUAAUAACACUAGAAGAGCGGAAAAAUUGUUUUCAAAAGAUGAAUAUUCCCGAAAAAAACUAGUCAGUAAUGACAAGGAUUAUUUUAAAAGCCCAGAGAGAUCUCAGAGUCGAACAGCUAACAAGGCAAUAUGUAAAAAAGUUCUUCCUCGUAUUUGCUCUGAUGUUAAACUUUUAAAUAGUUUUAAAUGUCAAUAUGUCGACGAGUAUGUUCCUUUAGAAGAUCUAUGCAAUAAUUAUAUUGAUUGUCCUGAUAGGUCUGACGAGAAAUAUUGCAUUAGACACGUAACAAAUAAAGUAGAGCAGGCCAACCGAGUUAUGUCGGACGUAGAAUCGUCUUUUCAACACAAAUGUUUAGAAAUGGAUCAAGAGACUUCUGUCUUUAGAAGACAUUCUCAGGUAUUACAGGGACUCUUAGGGACUCAGAUGAAAUUCAAGGAAAAAUAUCAAAAUCUCGACAAAAAAUUAAAUUCAGACGACACUGGUUUUUCCAAUACUUCUGACAGUAUAAAUAUAAAACGUAGUGUCAAUGAUAUAGCAAUAAUAAUAAGUUCACUAUCAUUAACCUUAAAAGCGGCUUUAUGCUCUCAACAACUAGAAAAUCAAGGAAUAUCUGAAGAUGUAUUUGAAAGAAAUUUAGAACAAGAUGUCAAAGAAGUCAUAUGGCCUCCGAAGUCUUGUGCGUGUAAGAGAGAACUGUGUAUUAAAUGCACCGACGCUUGCAAACGAAUAUGCUGGCACAAACAUAGUCUCUCCAGAUGGAAUUGUGAAUCUAUAAACGUGUCUGAUUCAGUCUCAUUCAAUGUCUUGUGUGAUGGUAAAAUAGAUUGUUUUGAUGAAAGUGACGAAGCUGGAUGUGAUGUUGGUGCCGGUUAUGGAAAAUUUGAAGCACACGAGAUAUAUGGCAACACAAUAAAAAUGUUGCAAUCAAAAGCUUCUAAAGAGAUUUCGCCAAUAAGAGUCAAAAUAAUGUCUCUUAUCAAUGCGAUGACAAAAUUACAGGAAAUGACGACAAAAUCUGGGAACGAUCUUUCUCUCGUGAAGAAACUCAGAAACAAAUGUUUUUCUCUAUUAAGUUUGUUGUAUUUGGACAUAGUGAAACAGUCACGUUUUGUUAAUGAGUCGGAGGAAGCUUACUUAUUUUUGAUGUCCAUUAAUAAAAACCUGGCGCUUGCUUUGAAACGAUCCGCCACCGGAAAUAUUAAAAUUAUAAACGAGAAAUGCUACUGUCGGAACGGCUCCUGUGUUGUUUCCUUGUGUCCUAGGAGUUGCGUGAAGUCUUGUUCCGCUGAGUCCAAAAUAAUAAAUUUCAGAUGUCAUAUCGGCAAUGUUUCUGUUUCAAUUGAUAACAUCUGCGAUGGAAGACCGAAUUGUCCAAAUGGGUACGAUGAAUUUGGAUGUCACAAAGAGGAGGUCUGCCGUCAACAUCACUUAAUAAUGUUACGUCGAAGACUGCAAGACGUCGAAAAAAAAUUUAAAGGCACUUCACUUGGCGAAAUUUUGGCGUCGUGGAAAGUUAAGGUAAUAUCAAUUAUAAAGGUAGCCGAAAAUUCUGGAAGACCAAAACCAAGAAUUAUUAGGAAAAUAGUUAAGGAGAUAUUGAGAGAUUUAGUUUUGACGUAUGGUUCAGUCGAAGAUUACAGAAGAAGCAACUAUUAUGCGUUAGAUGAUUUCAUAAACAUCGCACAACAGGUAAUGAAUGCUAUGAAAUCUUGCGGGAAAUAAACGAUAAUUGCAAAAGAAAUUGAUUUAUUUAAACAAACUAUUCGAAAUUAAAAGGAAACAUACUUACAACGUCAAACCUUUUUUUUAUGACAUU